AUGAAACUACUUUUGACUGAGACGUACCAAGUGAUGAACCUUGUACCGCACUUCUAUGCAUUAGGGGAUGAAAUAGACGGCACGGAGUGCUGUGGCACUCAGCUGCGUGUUUGGGAUAAGAAUGCCGGAUCGUACGACAAGGAGGUCGGCCUAGACGAGACCCUCAUGGGACUGUCGCUGAUGCGGAGAUGGUUGCUUAGGAACGCCAAAGGAAGCGUACUGGAAGUGUCUGCAGGUAUAGUGUAG